CAGUCCAGUGGUCUCCUCCGUCCAGCGCUGGGCUGCGCGGCUGCGGCUCUAUAUUUGUGAAGUUGGCAUCUCCGACUGGAGGCUCCUCUCUCACCCUGGCACUUCCACUCCGGGAUUAUGAGCACAGCCGCUCCAGCGCGCGCCUCCCUUUGAAUCUCUCUCUCUCUCCUCUUUUUCAUUUUUUGUUUGUUUUUACCUUGAGACAAACUGAUAACCAUGGAGAUGGGAGCCCGCAUCCUCGCAGCCUUCCUCCUCUCUCAGGUUUUUUGUGCUGGAGCCCAGGAGGAAGGGGAGAUCGACUGCACGCCUGGCUUCCAGGUGAAGGAGUACCAAGUGCAGUACAAUGGAGGAUUCCCCGCGGGUGAGCCACUCCUGCAAGUGGCCUUCAACGACUGCAAGGGGAACCAGGAUGUUCAGUUCGAAGUGUCCCAUCCGGACUUCGUGGUGGAUGAGGAAGGGAGGCUAAGCCCGCGGCGGGAUGUGAUCGACAGCGGAACGGUCAUGUUCAUCCAUGGCCAGAGCAUCCAUUCUGAUGACAUGGCACAAGUGGACAUUCUGGGGGCUCCGCCCAGAUCACCCCAGACCCUCAGGGAAAUCCUGGGGUUGGGCCAGAUCCCCUACAGGCAGAGAAGGUCCCUCCUGGUGCCCCCAAUGUUUGUACCGGAGAAUCAGAGACCACCGUUUCCCAGAUCCAUUGGCAAGUCGCAUGUGAUUUCGGCCGACAUGGAGGAGAACCACGUUUUCCAUCUGACAGGGAAGGGGGCGGACCAGGACCCCAAGGGUGUGUUCCGAAUCAACAGGCUCACAGGCGAGGUCGCCGUGCAGAGGCCACUGGACAGAGAGGCCAUCGCCAUGUAUUAUUUGCAAGUGUCCACUACAGACCUUAGCGGCAAGGUGGUGGAGGGUCCGGUGGCCCUGGAGGUGUCUGUGAUUGAUCAGAACGACAACAGGCCCAUUUUCCAGGAGAGUCGCUAUGCUGGUGAGGUGCUGGAAGGCUCUCCUACAGGAACCACGGUUAUGACCAUGACUGCAUAUGACGCUGACGACCCUAACACGGAAAAUGCGGUUCUGCGGUACCAUAUCUCGAAGCAGUCCCCUAGCAAGCCUUCACCCAACAUGUUCUACAUUGACCCCGAGAAGGGUGACAUUGUCACUGUGAUAUCGUCCUCACUACUUGACAGAGAGACACUGCCCACCACGCAGUAUGAGCUGGAGAUCGUGGCCAAGGAUAUGGCAGGAAGCGACGUCGGUUUGACAGGGACCGCCACUGCCACCAUUACCAUCACGGACAAGAAUGACCAUGCUCCAGAGUUUACCCACUCCCUGUUCCAAGCCACUGUGGAUGAGGGAUCAACAGGAGUCAUUGUGAAUCUGACGGUGGAUGACAGGGAUGACCCUGCGACUGGAGCAUGGAGAGCAGUGUACUCCAUCAUCAAUGGCAAUGUCGGCCAGAGCUUUGAAGUCCACACCAACCCAGACAACAAUGAAGGCAUGCUGUCUGUAGUAAAGCCCUUGGACUACGAGAACACAGCAUACCACACCCUGCUGAUCAAGGUGGAGAAUGAGGACCCCCUGGUGCCUGAUGUGGGCUACGGUCCUAGCUCCACGGCCACUGUGCAUGUCACGGUCUUGGACGUCAACGAGGGCCCCAUGUUCUUCCCGGACCCCAUGGUAGUGACCAAGCGAGAGAAUGUCCCUGUCGGCAGCUUUGUGGCCACGCUCAACGCCACAGAUCCCGACAUCCUGCAGACACAGUCAAUCAGGUUUGCGCUGCUGAAAGACCCUGCAGGCUGGCUCACAGUCAACCCAGUCAAGGGCACAGUCAACACAACGGCCAUCCUGGAUCGUGAGUCACCUUUUGUCCGCAACAACAUGUACAGCGCAGUCUUCAUGGCCACAGACAACGGCAGCCCCCCAGCCACCGGCACCGGGACUCUGGUGAUCACCUUAGAGGAUGACAACGACAACGCACCCUACGUGUCCCCAUCCGUGGCACGAGUGUGCGAGGAUGCCAAGGACCUCAAUGUAGUGGUGUUGGGUGGACAAGAUAAGGACAUCUACCCCAACGCUGAGCCCUUCAGCAUCGAGCUUGGGAAACAGCCAGGGCUGGAGAAAACGUGGAAAGUCAGCAGGAUCAACAACACACAUGCCCAGGUCACACUGCUACACAACCUGAAGCGUGCUAACUACAACCUGCCCUUGCUGGUGACCGACUCGGGGGUGCCGCAGCUCUCCAACAGCACCGAGAUCAAAGUCCAGGUGUGCACCUGCAAGAAGAACAAGAUGGACUGCAACAGUGCCUGGUUGGUCCGCUCCAGCAUGCCCCUUUGCCUGGGCCUGGCCCUGCUCUCAAUCCUCUGUCUGUAAAGUCUGCUCAUACCUGGCAUUUUGUGCUCCUCUUUCGCCGUUGAAGAAAACCACACAGAGAGAAAACAGUAUUUCUCACCACAAGAAACACAAAAAUAGGAGGAAACAUUUGAUCAUUAAGGUCCAUCCCUUUGAAGAGUACAUUUACAGGAUCUCCAGUUCGCGCUGCAAAGUAAGCCCCUUCGGUCUGCACAUAGAUUCUCUCCAUUUUAUUUGGCACCGCAAGUCUCCCACUCCCAUGUGCUCCUUCACUUCUGUCUGCUGUAGCCCUCUCUGCGAGCUGCACCCACUCCUUGAGGCCUGCCUCCUCUCUGAGCCCCAUGGCUCCAUCCCAGCCCAUUCAGUGUUCCACUAUUUCAUGACCUCUCCCUCGUUUCUCUAGGUUACCCUCUUUUCACCUUUCCUUUGUCCUCUUUCCUCUCCUCCUUGUGUGAGUGGACUGUCUCCCUCUGUCAUCGCUCCUGCCUGCUCUCCCGCGAAUAGAUCCUCUUCAUUUUGCCCCUUCUCUUCUGUACCUCCUUUUGAUCAAUAAACUAUUCUCUCUCUGUCCUCUGCUCUGAUCACUCUCCCUGAAAUAGGCCAUUCUAAUGUUCUUCACACCAUUCUGUGAAUACAGUUCUCUCUGUUUUUUUUUUCUUUUUAUCUCAAGUCCACUCUCCUAUGGGGGACUGUCCCUUCUGUCCUCUAUGUUAUUCACUCAGCAAUGGAUUGCCCCCCCAGUCCUCUCUCCAGUCCACUGUCCUGUGAUGGAUUGUCCCUGUUUCUCCUUUUUUCAAUCCACUGGUUUAAGAAGUGUCCUCCACUGUCCUCUUUUUUUUGAGUGGGCUGUCCCUCGCUGUCCAAUUUCCAGUCCACACUCCUCUGAGUGGACUUCCUUUCUCUAUCCUCUCUCUUAAUCUGCUGUCCUCUUUCUGUUCUUUUUUCAUGUGAAGAACUGGGCAUAGAAAGAGUGCAAAAUCCUGAGUUCUUGGAAAUAGAGAGCCAGUGACUGUUCCCUCCCCAUUUUUGUCCCACAGUACUAUGCUGGGUUUCAUUUCUUAUCGUGAGGACAGUGAAAAACAAAACAUUGCUUUUCUGCAGUAUUAAGCGCCUCUUAGGACAAGGUUUAUUUUUUCUGUUUUUACUGCAUUAGUUGUUUCUGAGUGGAAUACAGCAUAUGUCCUAUAGUAAGUGUGAAACUUGAAGAGAGUACACUAUAUAUUUUCUGUUUUAUCUCUGUAAUUAUAUAUUAAGCUGUAAGCUGUUGACUGCAGACUGCUGUAUACCACCCAAUACGCCCAAUCCAAACCACAAAAAAGGGACAAAAAGAGCAGAAAGGAACCUUUUUUGCAAAAUUUAGGGCACCAUUUCUAAUGUUGUUGAUGUUAUUUCUCUUUUCAACAUACAUGCUCCAGUCUUUGGAGAACAUGGGGGUGUUUUAGGGUUGGAAAUCUUAGGUUUAUUUCCAGACUGAGAGUCUUUGUGCCCCGUGUUUCAUGGUUUAUGUUCUUCUCCACAAAGAGCACUACCCUCCCCAAAUCACUCAAAGAAGUGACGCAAGACCCUUGAUUUGGUGGCCGGUUUUGAGCUCUUAUAAAUUGUGUGUGUCUGUGGGUUUGUGUAAAAGAUCCCAUAAGUCAUGAACAAACACAACUAAAGGACGACGUUAUGAAUGAGUUAUGUCUGUCUUUUGCACUGAUUUAAUAAACCUGUUACUGUACCUCCCA